UAGAAGAUGUUUAAGUGGCUUCAAUUUGUCCCGAAGAAAUGUAAUACGCUCUCCACCAGAAACCUGUACGUUGGUGCACUUGAUGGCGGACUUUUGCGUCACGCCUUUCGUACGGACGAUGCAAACAAAGACGAUUUACCACUGGUGGACGAUUCGAUAUCGGCCGCGACAGCAUUAUGGAGAAAGGAAGAGCUACUAUCGCGACUGCAAAGCUUGCUAAACUGUAGCCACGGGCAGACGGAAAAAUUGUACAAAGCAAACAGGAAGGCGUUGCGUAUCUUCGCACCAAAGCUACUGACCGACAACAUUGAGCUGCUGCGAGCGAACGGGAUAGAGGAUAAGUUUAUCUACGACAAUCCGCGCGUACUGUCGACACCUACAGAUGAGCUUUCGACCAAAUUGAAAUUGUUGCGAGAGCUUCCGGCGGUUGAUGAUAGUAAAAUGCUCACACCUUUCCUAAAAGCUUCGCUCAAAUCCAUUCAGCGUAUGAUCGAUGUGGCCAAGCAGGAGAAAAUAGCUGGUGGAAAUCGCAUCAAUUACAUCAGCGAACGGACUGGCACCGAAGUUCGUACUGUAAUCAAGUUCUUCGCCACCAACAUACGCGUGUAUCGUAUUGCACUGGACAAAUUCAUUGCUAACUUGGAUCUCUGUUUGAAGCACCUGGAACCGGCUCACGUCGUGCGGCAUUUGUCAGUUUUAGCCUAUGCACCGGCUUCGAUACGGGAACGAUUGAAAGCGUUGGAGAACUCACCACUGGAGAAGAUUAAACCAUGGAUGGUGCGUGUACCGGAGAUUGCACUGGGGAAAUCGUUUGAAGCAGUAAUUGAAAAGGGUAGACAGCCGGUGUUUAAAGAUAGCGUUACAGGCGCCUGGUUCGAGACCUACGUGCUCAAGCGAAUGGAGUCGUUGCUCGGCUGCACCGAGGAAACUAGCCGUGAGAUAUACGAAAAGUGUAAAGGAUCGGUACACCUAGUCGAGAAUAUUGAGUUCCUGCUCGAGAAGGGAGUGCUUGCCGAAACGAUCGUAAAGCACGCCACCAUACUUAUGGUAAAGCGGGAAGAUUUGCAGCAAAAGAUCGCCACGCUAGGAACGCUCCAGUGCUUGCGAAAUCUGAACGACGUUAUACCGUUGUGUGUUUUGAAGGCAUACCAGCUGAGAAAGAUCGUUACCAAUCUUAACAACGAGCAGCUCGGUCCAGUCAACACGAACCGGAUAUACUACUUCUCCGACAGUACCGGCUUUUCACCGGGCGAAGUAACGGAACAGUUUGCCCGCCGAACGUUUAUGUUUCGCGUACCAAAGGAUAGCUUUCUCGCCAAUUUGAAGCUUUUUCUGGAGCACAUGAACCGUGAAGACAUCCUUGCGGAUCUGUGGGCAUUCAAAUACUCGCCGGGAAUAGUUGCGGAACGUAUCGCAAGGGCAAAGGAGGUGCGCGGGAAGAAACUAAUGCCAUGGAUGGUUCGCUGUCCGGAUGUGGUGCUGGAAAAAUCAUUACAGUUGACCAAGGAGAGUGGUGCAUUGCUUGGCGAGAAUGAAACGAUUGUUGAGUAUUUUUGCAAGCGGCUAGGGUUAAAUCGGGAGGUAGCUAAUUCGAUCAUCCUUAAAGCACCCUCGGUGCGGAAUGUGCGCAUAACGAAGGUAAAAAAGGUGAUCGAUUAUUUGCUGGACGAGCUAGACUACAACCCGAACGAUAUUGCGCUCAACCCGCGCAUCCUGAUGCACAGUUUGCAGACGACGAAGAAGCGAAUGGCACAGUUGAAGGAAAUAGGAUGUCGGCCAAAGUCGCUGAUUAUUGUGUGUAAAAGCCAGCGGCAGUAUGAUUUGUUCGUGAAGGAAUGGAUGGAUUCCAAGGAACGGAAGAAGAAGAUGCAGCAGUAUGGGUAGGGUGAUCGAG